GAACACAAGAUGGAGCCUUUCACACUCAACGCUGCUCUCAGAUGCGACCUCCUAAAAGCAAACAGUCAUGACAUAAUCAAAUAGAAAAUCAAUUAGUUUGUGUCCGCUGUCUGCAGUCUAUGACAUACGUACGGAUACUUUCUCGAUGAGAACGUCUCAAACACUCUCAGCUCAUCAGUACGGCACUAAUAUUAGUCGUUCUUCGCAUAGAAUGAAGAAUAUAUGACUCUGCGUCUGUCCGCGCCUGAUGCUGCUUAAAGUGUUAAAGCACCGCGACAUCAAUGUUAUUCCGCGUUAACAGACUGAAAGGCUGCAUUUCGUAAAUCCAGUUCCCACUGUUGUUCUGUGUUUGGACUGAGUGUGUAGUAACAGGCAACCAAAUUGAAUCUGAACAAUUCUGUUGUUUUCAGCAUAUUACUGAACCAUGUCGAAUCGAUCGUGGCUUAGUACAUUGGAAUCGAAAGUAUGCGGCCUUUAUGUAUCGUAUCUAUAAACAAACGCCGCUGUCUUACCCCUCCUCCUCGAGCCUCGCUGAUUGGCUUGUAGCCAGAUUCCGAGGCAGAGCUCCGGGUUACAAACACUUCCUCCUCUAGUCGCCGAGGCGGAGCCCGAGUCAGGAAGUGGUGCUCAUUGCCUCCCUCUGACAGCCAAGCCAGUCAGUCAGUCAGUCAGUCAGUCACGUUAACAGAGCAGAGUGAAAGAACGCAAAAAGGCUGUCUUCCUAACGUGUUAGCUCAUGAGAAAGACGAACUUCUCCAGCUUCAGAUGGUUAAAAAACCAGAGGAAAGCGGUGGUCACCACAGUCGACAAGAAGCUGCCGAAUGGCAACCUGGAGGAGCAAGACGCGACGGUGGUCCUCCUGCCCAGAUCCCCCUCCGCCGCCAAGAACUACCCGCCGCUCGCCGUGGAACACCUGGAGGAGGAGUACAGGUUGCGCUCGGCUGACGACGGAAAACUCUUCCGGGAGGAGUUCAACUCGCUGCCGGGAGGGCACGCCCAGGGAACGUACGAGGAGGCCAACAAGGAGAACAACAAGGACAAGAACAGAUAUCCCAAUAUUCUUCCCUAUGAUCAUUCCAGGGUGGUGCUGACUCAGCUGGAAGGAUGCCCCGCCUGCGACUACAUCAACGCCUCCUACAUCGACGGCUUCACUAUAAAGAACAAAUUCAUAGCAGCACAAGGUCCAAAGGAGGACACGGUAGCCGAUUUCUGGAGGAUGAUUUGGGAGCAGAAGGUGUCGACUGUUGUCAUGCUGACCAACCUGAAGGAGAGGAAGGAAGACAAGUGUUACCAGUACUGGCCGGAUCAGGGCUGCUGGACCUACGGGAACGUGCGCGUGGCAGUGGAGGACUUCACCGUGCUGGUGGAUUACACCAUCCGCAAGUUCUGCAUCCAAUACCAAUCCAGCGACGCCGGCAAGAUGCUGCGUUUGGUCACGCAGCUCCACUUCACCAGCUGGCCCGACUUUGGCGUGCCCUUCUCGCCCAUCGGCAUGCUCAAGUUCCUCAAGAAAGUCAAGGCGCUCAAUCCGGCCUUCGCGGGGCCCAUCGUGGUCCACUGCAGCGCCGGCGUCGGUCGGACGGGCACGUUCAUCGUGAUUGACGGCAUGAUCGACAUGAUGCACGCCGAGCAGAAAGUGGACGUGUUUGGCUUCGUUUCGAAAAUCCGAGAGCAGCGUUCGCAGCUCAUCCAGACGGACAUGCAGUACUCGUUCAUCUACCAGGCGCUGCUGGAGUACUUCCUGUAUGGAGACACGGAGCUGGACGUGUCGUCUUUGGAGGGACACCUGCACAAGCUGCACAACACCUUCAACCAAGGCGACCGCGUCGGCCUAGAGGAGGAGUUCAAGAAACUGACCAACAUGCGUAUCAUGAAGGAGAACAUGAGAAUGGGGAACCUGCCCGCCAACAUGAAGAAAAACAGAGUGCUUCAAAUCAUUCCGUAUGACUUCAACAGAGUGAUUCUCUCUAUGAGGAGAGGUCAGGAGUUUACCGAUUACGUCAAUGCAUCCUUUAUCGACGGCUACCGGCAAAAGGACUACUUCAUUGCCACGCAGGGCCCCCUGCAGCACACGGUGGAGGACUUCUGGAGGAUGGUGUGGGAGUGGAGGUGUCACUCCAUCGUCAUGCUGACCGAGUUGCAGGAGAGGGAGCAGGACAAGUGUUACCAGUAUUGGCCCAGUGAGGAGUCGCAGACGUACGGCGAUUACAGCGUGGAGAUGAAGGGCGACGCCUUGUGCGACGCCUUCAGCCUACGAGACUUGGUACUCACCUUCCUGCCGGAGAAGGUGACGCGCGUCAUCCGGCACUUCCACUUCCACGGCUGGCCCGAGGUGGGCAUCCCGGCCGAGGGGCGGGGCAUGAUCGACAUCAUUGCGGCGGUGCAGCGGCAGCAGCAGCAGUCGGGCAACCAUCCCAUUGUGGUGCAUUGCAGCGCCGGCGCCGGUCGGACCGGUACGUUCAUUGCACUGAGCAACAUCUUGGAGCGCGUCAAAGCGGAAGGCCUGCUCGACGUCUUCCAAACUGUCAAGAGUUUACGAAUGCAGAGGCCGCACAUGGUCCAGACGGUGGAGCAGUACGACUUCUGCUACAGGGUGGUACAGGACUUUGUGGACAUUUUCUCUGACUAUGCCAACUUUAAAUGAGCUGAUUCUUUGCCUUAUCAAUGUUGUCGUUGUCCUCUUUUUUUUUUCUCUCUCUGAAGCCGGUUGGUAAACUAUAUUUUUUGCUAUGCACUUGCCCUAACAUCAACUAAACCUCCGCCCGGGCUGUAUUAUAUAUAAAAAGAAUUGUACAUGGGUUAAAUAAAACAAAGUGGUAAUUUAUAUUUUGCAGUAUGUAUGAGAAUUGUCUGAUAAGUUCCGUUGUUAUUAUUGUAUAAUAUUGUACCUUGCAAUGUUUAUGUCAAUGUAAUAUUUUUUAAAGUUGUAAAUGUAUUUAUCUACCGAAAGCCACCUUUUGUGUGUGAACCUUUUUUUUUUCCCCUGGCAUUUUUGAGGACUGCGUGACAUGUUCAUCAAGUCCUCAAAUAUGAUUCAGGCUUCGUUGCGUACCUCGCACACCUGCCGCAUUUAAAUCAAGUAAAAAAGCACAUAAAACUUGGCCUUUUACAACCAAAAACUUACACGUAGAUUUUGUUGGGUGCUCUUUA